AUGGUAAAGCUAAGCAGACUGGAAAAGAAUACAAAGAAUGCAAUGCUAUCCACGCUAUUUCUAAAUAGGAUACUUGGAUACAGGGGUAUUGUUGAUUUCUAUCAUAGGAAAAAGUCGCCACUAUAUCUUCUUAAAAGUUCGUACCCCAGUUGGGAUACUUACCAAAAUAAAGUAAAUCAAUACGAAAAAUGGAAACCCACCCCAAAGGAAACGGAUAAGUGCCUCGUGUCAUUGGCAAAGAAUAACCGUAGCAAACGCGUAUGCAAGUUGUCGUCUUCGUGUUACACGGUGCUGGUGAACGGCACUAAUUUCGGUUAUUCCCUAACCCACAGGUUGCUCAUAUUGCUUCAAGCUCACCGCGGACGAGGUUGCACUAUAUUUUCUACGCGAGAAGACAAAGAAUUGCUUGGCUUGUUCUGCUUGAAAAUAUUUCGCGAAGCGAACUUCAUAGCUAACAAUGGAUACAAAAUGCUCGAUUUGAUGUUAGAACAAAUGACUCUGUGCUCGCUGGCCGGCUACGCGGACACGCUACGCCGUUCCUGGUUUAUGGAAGUGUUGAAGCAUCAGACUUCGGUCGGCUGCUUCUCCCCUAGACUGCCUUUAGCGACGAUAUUUUAUCAGAACGCAAAUUUAAGUUCAUGGAAUUUUUCUCCAAAAUCGCCGAAUAUGUUAGGAGGGGCCUGCGACAGGCACUUCACCGCUGUCGCAGUUGGGGCAUUGUCUGGCGCGUAUAUAAAAUCUUUAACACUGAUAUUGAAUUUCGCUUUAGAACAACCGAACGAGGUUGAUGUGGACUUUGCGUUUGUCUUAUCAAUAGCCUAUGAUAAUUUAAAUCACGUUCUGGUAAAAAAGGUACAUAAGUUACCGGAAGAAUUAAGGGUAUACAUCAGAACGUUCUUAGACAUCGAUAGCAAACUGCUUCAAUAUUUUUGGUCAAUGAUGAGCAAAGGCGAGGGCAAAGUAUUAAUUUUAAAUAGAAAGGUAUCAACCCUAUUUAUGAAUAGGACUCUGGGAGUUAGGGCAAUCAGUGAAUUUAACAAGAAAAGGAAAUCGCCUCUCAGCAAGUAUAGAGAUAUAUAUCGACAGUGGAGAAAAUAUGAAAUCAAAGUAAAGCAAUUAUCUAGAUGGAGGCCAAAUCCAACGGAAAGCGAUAAAUGCUUGAGAGCGGUGGCGAGAAACAGUAUCGGUAAACAGGUGUGCGCGAUAUCGAAUAUGUGCACUGAGAUGUUGAUAAACGGCACAAACUUCGGAUAUGCUCUUACUCGCAGAUUACUUUGGUUAAUACAAGCUCGGAGAGGACGUGGCUGCUAUUUAUUGUCCGAAACUGAAGACAAGGAACUAAUCGACUUGUUUUGCACGAAGAUGUUUUAUGAAGCCCACUACAUAGCUUCUAAUAAAUUCGUGUUGUUUGACCUACUUUUAGAACAAAUAACCCUGUGUUCUUUGGCGGGAUACGCGGACAUUCUUCGUCGUUCAUGGAUCUUAGAAAUGUUGAAACAUCAAACACCAUUCGGAUGUUUCAGUUUAACAUUGCCCGCUCCGAAAGAAAUGCCUUAUAAUUACGAGGAACGCCAAAAACCAUGGAGAUUCUACGCAUCAGGCACGAGUAUGUUGGGUGGUGUCUGCAGCAGGCAACUUACUCUUGUCGCUACAGGAGCCGUAUCGUCUGCACUUAGAUAUGUACUGGAGGAGAAAUCGUUCAUGGAA